AUGUCAGCUCGGUGGAUUACUAGACUCUCUGCUCUUACCGCUGUGCUCAGAGGAUUCCGGAAUGAGACCAUUGAUUUGGUCGCCGAGAACAUGCUGCAGAUUGCCCAUGCCAGCUGGGAAUUGGGUGCUGCAGCACAGGCUCUAACAGAGGUCUAUACCCCCGGCCUCUCCGUUUUUGAGCCUUCAGCAUUCCCACCACCACGCCCUCUCAAUCAGUCAUGGACGCCGACUUACGUGUUUGCAAUUGUUAACGAAACUCUGGACAGAAAACCGGCCAACUCGCGACCACUGUUUGCCAACCAAGGCUCGUCCGCUGAUCCAGCCAGUUUGGGCACAGCUGUCCUUCUCGCAAACUGGACCCGAUGGAACAGCGACGACUCGCGAUAUGGAAGUGCCGCUUACCACCAACUCGACUACCUCCUCAAGGACGCGCCUCGUACCAGGGAAGGCGCUAUCUCUCACCGCGCAGACGAAGUUCAACUUUGGUCCGACUACGUCUACAUGGUCCCACCUUUCAUCGCCUACUAUGGUGCCCUGCACAAUGACAGGAACCUCCUUCAAAUUGCCUACGACCAGUGUCGACUCUACCGCGGUGGACUUCGGGACGAACCUGGACUUUGGAGGCACGUCGCUCUCGGCUCUUGGCAAGACCCCACCCAUUGGGCUACUGGCAAUGCAUGGGCUGCUGCUGGAAUGCUAAGAGUCUUGUCCACCCUGAACCAUUCCUCGAUCGGCCAUGAAUUCCGAAGUCAACAAGCUGACCUUACUUCUUGGGUCCACGAAAUUCUCGAGUCGUCGUGGAGUCUCCAGGAUGAUAGUGGCAUUAUCCAUAACGUUAUUGACGACCCCAGUACCUUUGGCGACACUGCCGCCACCGCCCUUCUCGCCGCAUCCACAUAUCGAUAUGCCCUUUUCACUGGUGACAUUGAGUUCAUCCCAGCGGCCGACAGAGCGUUCCGCCUCGUCGGUGACAACAUCAAUGAGGCUGGUUGGCUCGAGAACACAGUCAACCCCAUUACCUUCCACACACGGUUGGAAAGGGGCGAAUACAGCCCAGAAGGCCAGGCAUUCGUCUUGUUGUUGCAUGCCGCCUGGAGAGCAUUCACCGAAAGCAUUCGCAAUGUCGAUCUUAAAAUCCAUUUCCUCCCCUCCCGACCAGUUACAGCAGAUGAUUAA